UUUUACCACCGCAGCCGCGGACGAUGCUUCCCGAGCGCGGUCGGCAAGGAUGCAGCUCCGCUACCUCCCGUUCGCCGCGAGCGCCGUGGCCGGAAGGAGCUUCGUCGCCGCUCGCCAACUGACAAGAAGAAAUAUGCAUCUAUGUUGCAGCGCAGACAACUCCUCGCCGUCGCCGGAGAAGGAGGACCAGCCUGGCCGGGCAGAAGAGGCGCUCCGGCGGCUGGCGGAGCUCGACGCCCAGCUGGAGGGGCUGAAGGAGCCCACGAUGAGGCCGCUGCCGCCCCCUCCUCCCCCGGACCCUUUCCUGGAGCGGGAUCUGAUGAUCCAGCGGGGAGGACCAAGCGAGGAGCUCCCAGAAAUGACCCCGGAGUACGUAGCCUUCACAACCGCGGCGAUUUUUAUCUUCACCAUCUUCACCAACGUCAUGUUCAACCUGUACAUCAAACCUUCCGUGGACGGCGUCGAGCAGGCGGUGAGAACCCAGAGAGUACCUCUGGCUGACCCACGCUUCGAACAGCCCGGCGAUUCUAGUAGCUAGCUUUAUAGACAGUACACUGUAACUGUAAUACAGUUUGGUAGAGCAAGAGGGGAUGUGAUUCUCUAGCUAAUUUAAAUGGAUCCUUUGUGCCUCAUACGAUUUGCUUUUGGUAUUUAAGACCAGCAUGUGUUCAAAGCAAA